AUGGCACCUGUAAUAGGUCUGUCACACAUCACGAAUCCACUUGCAACACCAUAUCAAUUACAGAACACCGCCUCCGAGCUCGACAGAAUACCUGGUGACCUGGAAGUCUCGAUCAGAUUUGAAGGCUCAAGGCUUAUUCAAGCCGCUGGCGUUUUGCUGCAUCUACCUCAGGAGCUUAUUGCAGAAGCCAUCAUCAUCUUUGCCAGAUUCUGGCUAGGGCCUGAAGGCGGAAGCUUAGCAGAGUAUCACGCCAAGGACGUGAUUGCUGCUUCAGUAUAUCUGGUGACCAAACCAUCCGCACACCCGGUAAGCCCUAGGCGGCUUUUGAGUGUUCUAGCAUAUCUGAACAAGGUUCGACCAUCACUUGACAUCGAGUCAGCAAGUAAAGUCGCCCCUGAAGACUGCUUUCUAUCAGAAGGCUCUUACCAAGAUGGGCGAUUAGCACUUAUCCACACGGAAGCCCAGAUGCUUCGUAUCCUUGGCUAUCAGACCCAUGUCUCUCUCCCGUACGCGAUCUGCAUCAACUAUUUGCAGGCAUUGGAUGUAUUCACAACAACCGAAAAUGGACAAGCUUUGGCGAAAAAGGCAUUUGCACACUUGAACUCGGCUUUGUUCAGUCCGCAGCUGCUUUACCUGACACAUCAACCUCCAUCCCUCGCUACGGCCGCCAUCUAUCUCGCCGCCAAAAAUAUAGGAGUCAAGUUGCCGGGCGAGGAGUGGUGGGAAGUUUUUGAUGUCGACAGAGAGGAGCUCGGCUUUCUGGUUGUUGCAUUGAUCUCCAUGGAAGGGUUCAUCGCUGAAGAGACGCAAAAGUGGUCCAAGACCAAGGUACCUCUGACUCUUGAGGAUGUACAGGCUUGGAUAGACAAGGAAGCACAGUCUUGA